CCUCUUGAAUGUAUCUAAGAUCAGAGUCCAGAUAACCUCUAUUGCAGCUGUUACCUGGCGUUUAUCACGAAUAUUCGGUAUAAUGAAUCUCGAUGGAGCCACGCUUGUCGUCGGUGGUAGGUUUCUCAUCCAACUUGCACUGCAUGCUUGGAGGGCGCAAGCUGAAAACAACCUCAUAAAGCGAGCAGGAUCGGUAGAACAUGCGCAUUGGCGUUCGUGAGGCAUGGCAUCUGGGGAAUCGUUGUCGCGGAUAUCGACCUUGAAGCUGCUAGCGCUCUUGUGGCGAAAUCGCGGAAUGCAGCCGUGAGCACAGCUUUUCGUGCAAAGGCUGUCAGCAUUGACGUAACGCUAGAGGAUUUGAUAGGUGUGGUUGUAGAAUAUGUGCCUUAGGUGUUUAAUCUGAUAGACUGCUGCGUUAAUACCGCAGGUGUAAGUAACCUCCUUGGCCAUUUUGAUUUUUUGGCUUCCGAUGUUGAUUAUAUUUACCCAUCUAGGUCAGAGUAAAAUUUGCUUGUGGAGUAGCGGAGGCCGGUCCGGAUGAAUUCGAGAACAUGUAUGAGAUUAAUGUCACAGGAACGUUCCUUGUCACUCGUGCUGUGCCAGCCUCCAUGAAAUCUCAGGAACUAGUGGCGGCUAGCCCGCAGGCCUCUGAGAGGGGGACCACUCGUGGUAGCAUAGUCAUCCUCGGAUCCACCUCGGCGUUUAUCGCGACGCCAAAAAUGAUUCAGUAUACUGCGGCUAAGCAUGCUGUGCUCGGUAUCACGAAAACUGCAGCUUUAGAUAAUGCGAGUUAUGGCAUCCGCGUUAAUAGCGUGUGCCCAUCAUGGGUUGACGCCCCUAUGGUGCGUAAGGCUAUGGACGAUGUCCCUGACCUGGAACGUACGAUAAGAACUGCAGUGCCUAUUGGGAGGAUUGCGCUAGCAGACGAAGUCGCUGAUGCUGUCAUGUUUCUCUGUAGCCCCAUGUCCAGUUACGCCGUGGGGUGUAACUUGAUACUGGACGGAGGCACGACACUGUCUGGAAGGUAAGUAAUCAAUAACGACCUUCUGACAACUCUAAGGCUAGAGUGUAUCUCACUCUGGAGUCGGACUAGUAUAAAUACCUGGUUUUAAUGGAGGCGUAAUCUCGUUAUUGAAAAUUUUCUCCUGUUAAUGGCUCUCUCGCUCCAAGUAAUAUCACUUCCAGUACCUAGAAUCAC